AUGGCAUCCACCACCUCGAAUAGGUCUCCGCUUCUCGCCUUCCGUCUUGCCACAGUCGAGGAUGCGGAUGCCUUGACCCGACUGGUCAACAUCGCCUUCCGGAGCGAGAAGACGGGCGACACCUGGAUCUACGAUGAACAAGAUAAGCGAGUCGAUAUUCUGCCGCUCGAAGUGACCCAACACUUCAUAAGUGGCGAUGAUACCGUAAUGCUUGUCGGUCAUCUAUCACCAGGAUUCGCAUCGACGCAAGGAUUGAAUGAUGCCAGAGUAGCAACAUGCUUUCUCCGCCGCCCGGCAGUUACUCCAGAACAGCAACAGAAGAAUUCGCAUGUGAGUCCUGGGACAGCCUGGCUAGGUCUGCUCGCUAUUCUUCCCAGCCUGCACGGCCAAGGCUUGGGAAAAGACAUUCUUGCCGAAGCAGGGAGAUUUGUCAAGGAGCAAUGGGGUGCAGAGAGGUUGGAAUUCGACUUCGUGCAUACCAGAACGCAGCUCAAGGCAUGGUAUGAGAGACAAGGCUACCAGGAGACGGGGAAAUGGAGGGAUUUCAUGUACCCGGAAGGAGGGAAAGAGGUUUUGAGGGGUGGAUUAAGGCAGAUUGUGUUGGGGAAGGAUCUGAUGUGA